CCCUCCCCCUCACACUCUUAGCUAGCCUGCCGCAAGCUGGCCCCUUGGCCUCCUAGAGACCCAGACAUCUCCAUCAGCAGCAUCCAUCCUCUCUCCUCAGGGAGGCAUGCAUUUGAUGCUCGAGGUCCCUGGCAGUUGUGAUCCUUAGCAAGUGAUGUGUGAGUCCCGUGUGUCAUAGGAAGCUCCCCAUCCCCAUCUGGUGACCAAAGGCCUGGCUACAAGUAGUGAGUCCUCCCUCCUCCACCCAGACCUCACUGCUCAGAUCCCCUUCGCCAACUGGGACAUCUUCCGACAUGGCUUGGAUGCUGUUGCUCAUCUUGAUCAUGUUCCAUCCAGGAUCCUGUGCUCUCUGGGUGUCCCAGCCCCCUGAGAUUCGUACCCUGGAAGGAUCCUCUGCCUUCCUGCCCUGCUCCUUCAAUGCCAGCCAAGGGAGACUGGCCAUUGGCUCCGUCACAUGGUUCCGAGAUGAGGUGGCUCCAGGGAAGGAGGUGAGGAAUGGAACCCCAGAGUUCAGGGGCCGCCUGGCCCCACUUUCUUCUUCCCGUUUCCUCCGUGACCACCAGGCUGAGCUGCAUAUCUGGGACGUGCGAGGCCAUGACGCCAGCAUCUACGUGUGCAGGGUGGAGGUGCUGGGCCUGGGUGUCGGGACAGGGAAUGGGACUCGGCUGGUGGUGGAGAAAGAACAUCCUCAGCUAGGGGCUGGUACAGUCCUCCUCCUUCGGGCUGGAUUCUAUGCUGUCAGCUUUCUCUCUGUGGCCAUGGGCAGCACCCUCUAUUACCAGGGAAAAUGUCACUGUCACAUGGGAACACACUGCCACUCCUCAGGUGGCCCCUGAGGAGUGAUUCCAGAGCCCAGAGGUCCCUAGUCCUCUUCAAAAGACCCCAAUAAAUCACUGUCUGCCCCACCACUAACUCCUCCUUAUGAGUCUCAAGUGUUUUCUUCUCCAUUCUCCAGAUGCCAAAUCUACUCUCUCCGGAUUUCCCCAGCUCUGAACUCUCCCUUCCACCAGGUCUGACCUGGAAAGGUCCAAGAAGGCAGCUUCCGGCUGUGGUCCCAGGGCCCCUCCCACCACCAUGUGGGAGCUCAGCACACCUGCGUCCCCCAGUCCCAGGAGGCUGAGCCUGAUUGUCUUGAGAAAUGGGAAGGAUCAGAUAUGACUCCUCCUUGGCAACUGCCCUUUCCUGCCAGGCCCACACAUACCCUCCUCUGGCUGCCAGGGGAGCUUGGGUCCAUGAACAUUCUCUCUCACCCAGUAAAUUACUACUUGACCCAGA